AUGGGGCUCGGGGUGGAGAGAUGGGGACGUGAGGAUUACUGUAACUUAAUUACCCGGGCGUCACACAUCGUGUGCCUGUUCACGCUGCCGUUCAUGGUGCUCCACUUCGGCCGUCGGGCGGGUACGCUGGCCGAGUGGCAGAACGCCGCCCGGCCGACCUUGAUGGGUGAAGGAUUACUGAACGUCUCUCGUCAGAGCGCCGCCGGUGUAGACGAGCUGUUUGGCAGCCUUCUCUCGCUGGGCUUUGACCGACGCGCGUGCCUGAGCCGGUACCAGUCCCCGCAUUACUACAAGCACUCCCCGUACGCGCCUUCGCCGCACCUCCUGCGUAAGCUGCGCGACUACGAGGCGCGGCACAGCAAGUGCGGCCCCGGCACGCCGACGUACGCCAAGUCCGUCGAUCACCUCCGGUCCGACGGCGGCAGCAGCACGGGGGACGACAAGGAGUGCAACUACCUCGUGUGGAUCCCCUACAAUGGCCUCGGCAAUCGGAUGCUGUCGCUGCUCAGCACGUUCCUCUACGCGCUCCUCACCGACCGCGUCCUCCUCGUACACUCCCCGGACGACUUCUCCGGCCUCUUCUGCGAGCCGUUCCCCGGUGCGAAUUCGACCUGGGUGCUCCCGCCGGACUUCCCCGUCGCCGACAUAUCCCGGCUCGGGGUGCGCUCCAACCAGUCGUACGGGAACCUCCUAGACGGCAAGAAAAUCGACAACGACCCGGCCAAGGCGACGGCGCAAUCGGUGCCGCCGUACGUGUACCUGCACCUGGCGCACGACCUCCGGCGCUCGGACCGGCUCUUCUACUGCAACGACGACCAGCUCGUGCUGGCCAAGGUGAACUGGCUGCUGCUGCAGAGCGACUUCUACUUCGUGCCGGCGCUGUACGACAUGGCCGAGUUCGAAGGUGAGCUCCGGAGGCUGUUCCCAGCCAAGGAGAGCGUGUCGCAUCUUCUCGGCCGGUACCUGUUCCACCCGUCCAACUCCGUCUGGGGCAUGAUCACCAGGUACUACCACACGUACAUGGCCCAGGCGGAGGAGAGGAUCGGCGUGCAGAUCAGGAUGUUUUCCUGGGCAUCCAUCCCCGUCGACGACAUGUACAAUCAAAUCAUGGCGUGCUCCCGACGGGAGCACAUACUGCCAGACAUCGACGUUGACGCCGCGGCGAGCAGUGGCUCCAAUUCCAAAUCCAAGGCAGUCUUGAUCACGUCGCUGCAAGCAGACUACUACGACAGGAUCAAGUCGACGUACUAUGAGCACGCAGCCAGGGGCGGCGGCAUGGUGGGGGUGUUCCAGCCGACCCACGAGGAGCAGCAGAUAAUGGGGCAACGCUCGCACAACCAGAAGGUGCUCGCGGAGAUCUACCUGCUCAGCUUCUCUAACGUGCUGCUCACCACGGGGGUGUCAACGUUCGGCUACAUGAGCAGCAGCCUCGCAGGACUGCGGCCGACGAUGCUGAUGAUCCCGAAAGACGAUGGCAAGGUGCCCGAGCCGCCGUGCGUGCGCGCCGUGUCCAUGGAGCCGUGCUUCCACAUGACCCCCGAUGUGCAGUGCCAGGGGAAGGUGGUGAACAAGGAAGAGCUGUCUCACCACGUCAAGGAGUGUGAGGAUGUGGGCAAAGGGAUUCGGAUUAAAGGUAUCAAGUUAUUUGAUUAA